AUGGCUCGAGCUGACGUAAACCAGAAAGCUAAGGCUGUCGCAGCAACAGUUGCAUGGGUAGUGUGUUGGGGCCUUUUCACAUUGAGUGGUUUUGGUAGCGCAGAGAGAUUUUUGAAAGCCACAGAACCAGGUUACAUUGUUGAGAAAGAAAUGAGACUAGGGUUUGCUCUACGCCUCCUUCAUUUCUUCUGGCAGAGUGGAAAAUCUUCUUAUGAACAUGUUUGGCCGGAUAUGGAAUUUGGGUGGAAAGUGGUGGUGGGAACAGUGAUUGGAUUCUUUGGUGCAGCAUUGGGAAGCGUUGGAGGAGUCGGAGGCGGUGGAAUAUUUGUUCCAAUGCUCACUUUGAUCAUUGGCUUCGACCCCAAGUCUUCUACUGCCAUUUCUAAAUGUCUGUAA